ACGUCGUUGGGGACGCCGAUUCGGUCCUGAUUGGCUAAGCGAUCUCCCAGGCUUCAGUAGCUCAUUUCGACUUCGUUCAACACGCAGAACCAAUCGCCCACUCCUUCUCCUCCCCCUCUCCCUCCUCCCCUUCUCUCCUCCCCCGUUGAGAGUCUCUGCGUCCUUCCCGGCGCCGCUCCUCUCUCUCUACGGCGGCUCCGCCGCCUGGAGUAGGGUGAGGAGAUGGCGGCCGGCUCCUCUAUUCAUAGUAGUAGUAGUUCUAGUAUUUGGUUUGUCUGGCUAUAUGCCGCUGGGGGCUGCCUCCAAGCCGACGCGCGGCGUUGGUAGGCUGCUUGACCCACUCGCCGGUGAGCUCUCAAGGUGGGGGAGGCUGGUGACGAUGGGAUCUGGCGAACCCCGCUUAAAUAAGCGCGGACAUGCUCUGGAUCGAGCGAAAACUAGCGUUGACCUUCCUCAUCUUGGCCGUCGUGGCGGCGGAAGAGAUGGGAGGGAUCAGGCUAGCAGUUCUCGGCCAGAUCUGUGGUGGGGGCUUCAAGAUGGUGCAUUUGCGGAUGAUCCGCUCAAGAUCUGCAGCGACGUCGUUGUAUCUCUCUUCCUGGCCGGCCGUGGUGGCGGGGGGAGGUGGAGUUCUUGCUGUGUUGCUGCAAAUCGUGGUGCGGGUGUGGUCGCCGUCUCUCUAGCGGCCUUCAGCUGCUCUUCUUCCUCUUGGACGGCCGUGGAGGCGAGGGAGAGGAAGUGGGCGGCGCGGGGCAGCUUCGUGCACGACGACAUCUUGGGGAGAAAUUGGAGCUUUCGCUCCCCGUGGCGGUUCCCAAGCGACAGGCGAUGGUCCUCGUCGCUAUCUCUGGCCAGAGGCCUAGCCCCGCCAAGCUUGGCAGUGAUGCCUGCCGUAGCUUCUUCUUCCUCCGUUGGAGGAUCUUCAUCAGUCUUCACGCGGCCUCACAAGCCGUCGCCCGACCAAGUGGUUUCGUCCCCGGUUCAGGCAACGGUGGUCGUGUUUGGAGACUGCUCGACGCCGGCGAGAUGCAAGGUCCUUCUUGUAGUUGUUCACCCACCGCCGAUGAAAUGAAAGCUCCAGGGCCUUCGUGCCCUUACCUGUUCAAAAAAAAAUGCUGCACGGGGAGCAAGGCUCCGUGUUGGCUGUUCCAAUGGCGGCACGGCUCCACCACCGAUGGGGCGCGGUUCAGAUAAAUUGCAUGCAGGGUCCUCCAGGCUCCAGCUGGUUGGCUAGUUCGUCAAGUCCCGUGUGCAUCCGGCCAGUAUACAAUUUUCUGUUGCGAGUUCUCGUAAGUUCAGAUCAGUGACCAUCCUACAAGUUCUGAUUUGGCGCUGUAAAUAAUAAUGUGGCGAGUUAGUCAGGAGCACGCCACUUUCAAACCUGAACAUCUUUUACUGUCUGUGGCUGCCACUUUCUUACUUCCUGAAAAUUAUCACAAACAUGAACGUCUUUCACUGUC